UGUUGUCAAUUUAGAAGAUUUUACUGUUGUAUGGCUUGAUUUAGAUUUGAAUAAAACAGAUGAUUGUUUCGAAACAUUACUAGCAUUACGUGAAAUUCUUAAUUAUUUGAAAGAAUGUGAUGAUCCAUGUUUGAAAAUAGAAGAGUGA